AUGGCGUCCUCGAACGUGCAGGAUGAGAUCAAGCCUCCGGCUACGAUUGAGAGCCGCGAUGUGGAAAAGUCGAUGCCCCCAGAAGCGGAGAAGCCUGAUGGUGUCCCGAUAGUGGUCUCGGACAAGCUUGCGCGCCAGCUCUCUGCCCGCCAGGUGCAGAUGAUUGCGAUUGCUGGCACGAUUGGGACGGGACUGUUCUUGGGAACCGGCAAAUCUCUGGCUACUGGAGGACCGGCGUCGAUGUUGAUAUCAUAUUCCAUUGUGGGAGCCAUUGUCUUCAUCACCAUGUUGUCUCUCGGCGAGAUGGCCACUUUUAUACCUAUUGCCGGGUCUUUCUGUACAUAUGCCGGGCGCUUCGUGGAUGAUGCUUUUGGCUUUGCUCUGACCUGGAACUACUGGUUCAAUGAUGCGGUUUCAACAGCGGCCGAUUUGGUCGCACUACAGCUUCUGCUGAAGUACUGGACGGAUUCCUUUCCGGGAUGGGCGUUCAGUCUCAUAUUUCUCUUCGUUCUGGUCGGACUCAAUAUCGUGUCUGUUAGGGCAUACGGCGAGAUGGAAUAUAUCCUCAGUUUGCUCAAAGUCGUCACCAUAGUUAUAUUUAUUAUUCUUGGAAUUGCCGUCAACUGUGGCGGUAACGUCGACCACCAAUACAUUGGCGGCAGCUUCUUCCUCAAAGGAGAUGCGCCCUUCGUUGGCGGAAUUGGUGGCUUUGCCUCCGUAUUCGUCACGGCCUCAUUCGCAUACGGCGGAACGGAGUCCAUUGCCAUCACUGCCGGAGAGACAAAGGACCCCACGCGCAACAUGCCGAGGGUGAUUCGCAAUGUCUUCUGGCGAAUCCUCAUCUUCUAUAUCCUAGCCAUCCUCAUGAUUGGCCUAAAUGUGCCAUACGACUAUCCAGAGCUGACCACCAAGGACACCCGGACCUCCCCCUUUACCAUCGUUUUCCAGAUGGCAGGCAGCCGUAUUGCCGGCAGCUUCAUUAACGCCGUCAUCGUCACUAGCGUCCUCUCAGCUGGUAACCAUGCACUGUUCGCUGGCACAAGAUUGCUCUACACCCUCGCUGUUAAUGGCCACGGCCCUGCUAUCUUUGGGAAGCUUAAUCGGUGGAAGACCCCGUGGAUUGCUGUCAUAGGCACGUCUGCCAUUAGUGGCCUUUGCUUUGGUGCAAGUUAUAUCGGUGCUGGCCAGCUUUGGACUUGGCUGCAGAACAUCGUUGGUGUAUCUAACCAAAUCUCCUGGAUGGCUAUUGGGUUCUCCUCUCUUCGUUUUCGCCAGGCCGUCCGCAUGCAAAACCUCGAGCAUCUUCUCCCUUUCAAAAAUUGGACCUACCCAUGGGGACCCAUCUUAUCAAUCGGGCUCAACGGUCUGCUCAUCCUUGUUCAAGGAUGGUCAUCUUUUAGCCCAAAGUUCAAACCGGUUGACUUUGUCAGCUUCUACAUCCAACUUCCAGUUAUUUUAUGCAUGUUUUUGACCUGGAAGUUUGUAGUCAAGAAAACGAAGUUUGUCAAGUUGGAGGAGAUGGACCUCUUGACCGAUAGGUAUGAGGAGGCUCGUGUAGCCGGCGCGGCUGAUCUGGGCGCCUCUUCUGCUGUGGAAGUCGCGGAUGGUCCCAAUAAUAAAUGGCAGAAUAAACUCAAGAGGGCUGGGCAAUGGGUAUUUUUGUGA